AAUAAAAUGGAGGGCGACAAGCGCAAUCUUGCUGAUCUCUUGAAAGAUGGCGGAGAGUCUGGCAUCCCGGAUUACAUCGGACCUCUUCCGAUCACAGUAAAGAAGCGCGUUUGCGCUCUCAAAAAAGUUCAGCUCGAUAGCAUUGAGGUUGAAGCGAAGUUCUACGAACGUGUUCACCAGCUUGAAAAGGAGUUCGAAGCUGAAUUUAACAAACUUUACGAGCAGCGAAGAAAAAUCGUUGCUGGAGAGUACGAGCCAAAUGAUGACGAGGCCAAGCUUCCGAUUAUUCACGGACUUGAAGACAACGAGGUUAAGAUUCCGGAGAUGGUCGAAAAGCGGGAUGUUGAGAUUGUAUUGGGUUAUUAUCACCUAAAUGCUCUCUGGCGCUCGAUGAUCCAGGUCUUUGUCAAUCUGCUAUUGCAAAUAGUUCUCAUUCUCAGGCUUACUGAUCAUGCGGAUUUCUUUAUCGAAACUGAUACUUUUGGUCUUGGCGGUAAAAGCUCCAGCUUCUGUAGACGACUUUCGUAG